AUGGCUGAAGCCCAGCUGUUUGUAUCACAGGACGAGUUCACCUGUGCAUUGUGUCUGGACACCCUGAAUGACCCGGUCUCAAUCCCCUGUGGUCACAGUUUCUGUCUGAAGUGCCUCACAAACUACUGGGAUCAGAGCCAAAAGUGCAGCUGUCCUCAGUGCAGACACACCUUCACCACAAGGCCUGAGCUGAACAGAAACACUCUGCUUAAUGAAGUCAUCAAGAAAUUAAAGAAGACAACACUCAGUUCUCCUCCAUCUAAGAAUUAUGCUGGCCCUGGAGAUGUGGAGUGUGACUUCUGUACUGGGAAGAAGUUCAGAGCUGUGAAGUCCUGUCUAACCUGCCCGGCCUCCUACUGUCAGAUUCAUCUGCAGCCUCACUUUGAAAUGGCAGCCUGGAAGGACCACAAGCUGGUUGAUCCUGAUGGAAACCUAAAGGAGAAACUCUGUGAGAAACAUCAGAAAAGUCUGGAGAUAUUUUGCAAAACUGAUGAUUCCUGUAUCUGCAUGAUGUGUGUGGUGACUGGACAUAAUGGGCAUAAAAUGGUUGAGGUGGAGACAGAGAGGGAAAAAAAACAGAAACAGCUGGGGGUGACACUGAGUAACAUCAAGAGGAGACUUGAGGAGAAAGAGAAGACACUGAAGGAGACGAGGAAGACAGUGGAGGAGAUGAAGAUGUCUAUGGAAAAAGAGGUGGAAGAAAAUGAGAAGAGCUUCACUACUCUGAUACAGUGCAUUGAGGAAGUUCACAGGAAACUAACUGACAGGAUCAGAAAACAAGAAAAGACAGAAACUGGGAAGGCUGAAGAAGUCAUGAAGCAACUGAAGAAGGAGAUUGAGGAGCUGAAGAGGAGAGAAGCUGAGCUGAAGGAACUUUCGGAGACCAAGGACCACGUCCACUUCCUGCAGACUUUCUCAUCUCGUUGUGUCCUUCCUGAACCUCAGAGCAGAGAUGACUUUUUAAAAUACUUCUGUCCCCUCACACUGGACAUCAACACGGCACACAGACACCUCCGCCUGUUUGAAGGGAACAAGAAGGUGACAUGUGAGUGGAUAGUGACUGAAUAUCCUGAUCAUCCUGACAGAUUUGACUACUGGGCCCAAGUUCUCUGCAGAGAGGCUCUGACUGGGACUCGCUGUUACUGGGAGGUGGAGUGCAGUGGACACUUCAUAGUGAUUGGAGUCGCAUAUAAAGGACUGAGCAGGAAAGGAGGGAGCGACGAGUGCCGCCUUGGAUACAACGACAAGUCCUGGAGUUUGCUGUGUUCUCAUUCCCAGUACUCUGUGUGGCACAAUAACAAGCAGACUGUAAUCAGUGCCCCCUACAGCCCCAGAAUAGGUGUGUAUCUGGACAGGCCUUCUGGCUCUCUGUCAUUUUAUAGCGUCUCACACACAAUGACCCUCCUGCACAGGUUCAACACCUCCUUCACUGAGCCCCUCUAUCCAGGGUUUUGUCUUAAUGGUUACUCCAGUGUAACAAUCAGCCAUCUGACAUCAUGUGACUGCUGA